UUGAUGACACCAGCCCAGGUGUAAGAAGAAAGUUUUGUACAAGAAAUUCUUUACUUUAAACAUACUCACUCAUAUAUAAAUAGAAGGACAAUCACGAUAGUGUUAAGGGUGAAGUUAAUUAUGUCAUUCUCUGCAGUGACGGUUAAAUCUGGUGGUCUCCCGUUAUUUGGUUCUCUUACCCUUAAUUCUGACCUUCCUGCAUACCCGAUUGUCCUCUGCACUCACCAUGCUUUCAUUCCUGGUCAACGCGUCUCCAACUUCUCUCUAUUUAAGAGUCGCAGGACUUUGGUCCAUGAUCCUCGCAAGUGGAUGCAUCCAGUAAGCGACGACGAGGACGAUGAAAACGAUGAGGAUCGGAGUCUGGAUCUACUGGUGAGGUUCGUUCAGAAUGUCUUCAAGAAGGUGUCAAAGAGAGCAAGGAAAGCAGUUCGAUCCGUUCUCCCUUUCCCCAUCUCCACCCAUUUGGUCGGAUUUUCUGUGAAUGGGACACUGUUUCUGACCUUCCUGUGGAUUUUGAAGGCGUUUCUUCAGGUGUUAUGCACGCUUGGAAGUGUAGUGUUUGUAAGCAUCUUAUUAAUCCGUGGGAUAUGGUCUGGUGUUAGCUUUUUGCAACAAAGCCGACACCAAAAAAUGGAUCAACUAGAUAUGCGCAAUGCUUGGAAUAAUGGUGCACAGCCCGUGACUUGAACAGUUCAAUUUACUCAUUUUGACAUGAACAAACAAGUCACGAUUAAGACUAGAGAAAACUUUACACUGGUACUGGAAGCUUACAUUGCUGCAAUUCUUAUUUGGCAGAGAAUAAAGAACACAGGAAGCUGCUGCGCUGUCAUUGCCAGUAUUGUCCAAAUUCAUAGAUACAUGUGUGGAUGAUUUCAUAUUAUAACAGAAGUUGUAACUUACCUGUAAACUACCAUCGACACCUUUGGAAUUUGCUGCACAUGCUAUAGCCUUUGAAAUACUUGUCAUUGCCAGUAUUGUCCAAAUUCAUAGAUACAUGUGUGGAUGAUUUCAUAUUAUAACAGAAGUUGUAACUUACCUGUAAACUACCAUCGACACCUUUGGAAUUUGCUGCACAUGCUAUAGAAUGAAAGUAUCCUGUUGCAGCAGCAACAACAAAUUGUGCUGCAACAUCAGUGAAA